GCGGGGCGGGGCGGGGCGAGCGCAGAGCCGGCGGUGAAAGACCCGGCCCUGGGGGAACGGUGGGUCAUGUGACAAGGAGGCAAGAUGGCUGCCUUCCCGUGGCAUCCAAGGUCUAGAAAUUACACAUCAGAGUUUGAAUCAUGCAGACUGGAGGCUGUACUUGUGGAAUUUGGGGACUACCAUCCACUGAAACCCAUUACAAUUACUGAAUCCAAGACCAAGAAAAUGGUUCGGAAAGGAAGUACUUCCUCUACCUCCUCCUCUUCUUCCAGUUCAAUGAUAGACCCACUAAGCAGUGUGUUGGAUGGCACUGAUCCCUUGUCAUUGUUCGCAGCAACAGCAGAUUCAGUGACUACUGCAGCUAACACGGAUAGUACAAGAAAGAAACGUGAUAAAGACGACAGCUUGGUUGUAGGAAGUGACUUUGAACCAUGGUCAAGCAAACGUGGUGAAAUCCUUGCUAGAUACACAACGACUGAAAAACUCUCCAUUAAUCUGUAUAUGAGUUCGGAAAAAGGAAAAGCUACAACACCUGGCUCAGCAGUUUCUGAGAAGGUGCGAACAAGGCUAGAAGAGCUGGAUGACCUUGAAGAGGGUUCACAGAAAGAGCUGUUGAAUUUGACUCAGCAGGAUUACAUGCAUCGGAUUGAAGACCUCAAUCAGUCACUGAAGGACGCCUGGGCCUCUGAUCAGAAAGUAAAAGCUCUAAAAAUAGUUAUCCAGUGUUCUAAACUUCUUUCGGACACAACAGUAAUCCAGUUUUAUCCAAGUAAAUUUGUUCUAAUUACAGAUAUACUUGAUACGUUUGGAAAACUAGUAUAUGAAAGAAUUUUAUCCAUGUGUCUGGAUAAUCGCGGCUCUUUACCAGAUAAUUUUACUCCAGAAAGUGUUAAUGAUACUGCCAAAGAAACCUGUUUAAACUGGUUCUUCAAGAUUGCUUCAAUCAGAGAGCUCAUUCCCAGAUUCUAUGUGGAAGCAGCAAUACUGAAAUGCAACAAGUUUCUGUCCAAAAUGGGAAUUUCAGAAUGUCUCCCGCGACUAACGACUAUGAUUAGAGGAAUUGGAGAUCCACUGGUUGCAGUCUAUGCAAGGGCGUACCUGUGCAGGGUUGGGAUGGAAGUGGCUCCUCAUCUUAAAGAGAGCCUUAACAAGAAUUUUUUUGACUUCCUUCUAACAUUUAAGCAAAUGCAUGGAGAUACUGUUCAGAAUCAGCUGGUAGUGCAGUGUGUGGAGAUUCCAUUGUAUUUGACUCUCUACUCUCCUGCUAUAGAUUGGAUUUUACAGUGUAUUGCGUACCGUGCUCCCGAGAUUCUGCUUACUGAGAUGAUGGAGAGAUGCAAGAAACUGGGGAACAAUGCCUUGCUGUUGAAUUCAGUGAUGUCAGCAUUCAGAGCAGAGUUUAUUGCUGCAAGAUCUAUGGAUUUUAUUGGCAUGAUUAAAGAGUGUGAUGAAUCUGGAUUCCCCAAGCAUCUUCUCUUUCGCUCUUUGGGGUUAAACUUGGCCAUGGCUGAUCCUCCUGAAUGUGAUCGCCUUCAGAUAUUAAAUGAAGCCUGGAAGGUUAUCACAAAAUUGAAGAACCCACAGGAUUAUAUUAACUGUGCAGAUGUGUGGGUGGAGUAUACCUGCAGACACUUUACGAAGCGUGAAGUCAAUACUGUUUUGGCAGAUGUUAUCAAACACAUGACUCCAGAUCGUGCGUUUGAAGAUGCCUAUCCACAGCUUCAGUCAAUUAUUCAGAAAAUUAUCACCUAUUUCCAUGACUUUUCUGUACUUUUUUCAGCGGAGAAAUUCUUACCAUUCCUGGAUAUGUUCCAGAAAGAAAGUGUGAGAGUGGAGGUUUGCAAGUGCAUUAUGGAAGCUUUUAUUAAACAUCAACAAGAUGCUACUAAAGACCCUGUCAUACUCAAUGCUCUUCUACACGUGUGCAAGACCAUGCACGAUUCUGUGAAUGCACUAACACUUGAAGAUGAAAAGAGAAUGUUAGCAUCUUUGAUAAAUGGAUUUAUAAAAAUGGUAUCGUUUGGCCGGGACUUUGAGCAGCAGCUGAGUUUUUAUGUUGAAGCUAGGUCAAUGUUUUGCAAUCUGGAGCCUGUUCUUGUCCAGCUGGUUCAUUCUGUGAACCAACUGGCAAUGGAAACAAGAAAAGUGAUGAAAGGAAAUCAUUCCAGAAAGACAGCCGCAUUUGUCAGGGCUUGUGUUGCCUUCUGCUUCAUUACAAUUCCAUCUCUGACUAGUAUCUUUGCACGUCUUAAUUUGUACCUGAACUCUGGACAGGUUGCCCUGGCAAAUCAGUGCCUUUCACAAGCUGAUGCUUUUUUCAAAGCUGCAGUGAGCCUUGUUCCUGAAGUGCCAAAGAUGAUCAAUAUAGAUGGGAAGAUGCGGCCCUCUGAACCAUUCCUCCUGGAAUUCUUCUGUAAUUUCUUUUCCACUUUAUUAAUUGUGCCUGACCAUCCAGAACAGGGAGUGUUGUUUCUGGUGCGAGGACUACUCAAUGUGAUCCAGGAUUAUACAUGGGAGGAUAAUAGUGAUGACAAAGUUCGGAUUUACACCAAUGUUUUGCAUCUUCUCUCUGCAAUGACUCAAGAGACCUAUAUCUACCACAUAGACAAAGUUGAUUCCAAUGACACCCUCUAUGGUGGAGACUCCAAGUUCCUGACUGAAAUUAACAAGCUAUGUGAGGCGGUGAUUGCUCAGAUUCUGGACCAUCUGAAGACCCUUGGACAGGAGGAGACUCUGAAGCGCCAAAGCCAGCUGGCUCUCUACUUCUUUAAUAGUAUUUUAGCUCAUGGAGAUCUACGGAACAACAGACUAAACCAGCUUUCAGUCAAUCUCUGGAACCUGGCGCAGAAGCACGGCUUUGCUGACACCAAGACCAUGGUGAAAACACUGGAAUACAUCAAGAGGCAAAGCAAACAACCUAAAAUGAGUCAUUUUACAGAGCUGGCACUAAGACUCCCUCUGCAGUCCAGGACCUGAUGAAUGUUACCCUUUCCAGAGUCAUCUGUAAUGAAGGGCAUGUUUCCAAGUCCAUAAAAUAGAAGCUUUAUCCUGAGCUUUUAUUAGAGUUCAAUGUAUUUUCAUUUUUAAGUUUCACUUAAGAGUAUGACAGAUUGAUUUGGACAAGGUAAAGCUGUUCUAACAAAGUGCAAUAAUUUGAGCUAAGUUUGGUUCCACUGGUGUCAUUAAACAGAAACUGCUUGAAAUAUUUAGAUUCAGUAAAGUGUAUCUUAAAAUUUCUGAUGGCAAAUAACAUUCCAGACCUGAAUUUGACAUGACUCAAACCACACAGGAAGAAAAUUAUCCACAUAAGCAUAUUCAGGAGUUCCCCCUUCCCCCAUCUUCAUUCCAUUUAGGACAUAUUAUUCUCUCCUGUGUGGGAGCAAUAUGUUGAUGUAACAUCCUACUUCAUGAUCAGCAGUAGUUCUAGGUGAGAAUUAUGCCUGACUUCUUUGUAGACAGGGUUGUUUCCAAUAUUCAUGUGGCUAGUUCCAAUCUAACAGGAAUAUGGCUGAGAUGUUACUGUUUUCUGGAUUUGAAAAAAUCAUUUUUGUAACACACUUUCACCAACAUGUUUAUACUUAUCAUUUUAGUCUAAAAAUGUUUUGUAAAAUGAAGGGAACCUCUACAUUUAAUCUGGCGAUCAGUGGGAAAGUAUUCAGAGGAAAAUGCAAAUGUAUUUUGAGUCCUCUGGGUUUUCAGUCCAAAUGCUCAGUAUCAUCAAAUAAAAACUGUUAAUGGGCAGUUUAGUUCAUCUGUUUAUUCCUUAUUACAUGUAUCCACAGUCAUCACCUGACUGAACAUCCUGUGAUUAUUAGUUACAUUUGCUAGUAUACUGCUUAGCAAAUUCCACACUGCCACUUCUAGCCAGUGGCAAGGAGCCAGGAUGUGUGGUUGCUGCUACUGCCAUAAGGGGCCCUAGUUUUGAUUGAGUUUAGGCAAUUUACUGAGUUAAUCUCUACAGUAACCACGGAUGACUAAAAUACUCUAGCCAAAUUUUGAGCAAAAAGUUGUCUUUUGUUGAGGGUGAAAAUUCCAUCUGUGUGAAUGAAAUUCUGUAAUAAAAUAGCUGUGCUCGGUGGUAGGUAGAAGGUGCACUCCUUAAUGCAUGUGGAAUGGUGCUGUUGAAACAUUCUCCAUCAUGCUGAGACUGAUGACUCCCUCAUUGAUUAAAACAAGGAGUAUUGUCCCCCAAAACUAGUUUAGCUGGAGAGCAGAAGUGUUAAUCAGUUGAUGAUUGCAGCAUUUUAUUGUUUUUGCAGGUGGUGUGUUAAGAAAUGCAGGUGUCCAUUACUUGUGCAUCGUCACACAUGCUGGGGUUUAAAGUGGAUGCAGCUUAACUGCUAUUUAAAAAAAAUGUAGUGACUGUAGUGAUAGGCCAGUUGAAGUGAAUAACUGCUCUGGUUGCCAGGCAACAACUGAUUUUUCUGCAGCAUAUUUUGAGUCCAUGGUGAUUAUAUCAAAGGGUCCACUUGUCAGUGGACACUCACUACAUCAUUUUCUGUUUGUAAUUUAUUUGGGUAUGCGCAGCUUGCAGUAGAGGGUUAGGAAUACAUUUUCAGAGGGGUUGAAUGAUAUGCUUGUUAAUACUACUUUUUUUUUAAUUUAGAUUGGAAAUAAGGUUGUUCAAAAGUAAUCGUGUAGGGUAUAUAACCAUCAGAACAAGUGUAUCAGAGCUAUGCGAUAUGAAAUGGGGCAUCUACUUGACUGCUUCCAUUCUUUGCUCAUAUGCUGUUAAUUCGUCAGUGCAAAGUCUGGUGAGAACCAGCAUUACAGGUGGUCAGUGAGAGAGGAGUAGUGCUAAUUUAGUAGAUGAAAGGUUUUUUAAAAAUUAACCUGAUGGUGUGCAAGUGCUAAACCAUUCUCAGCUCGCCCCCCACACACACACACACGAGUGUGUGUACUCACGUUACAGCCACUUUGUCUUGGUGUGUUCCACCCAUGGUUCAAUUCCUUUGGAAGCCUGGGAGUUCUCUAGCUAGAUGUCUGCUCUCCCUGUUUAGUGGUAGUGUUGAUUGGUUUGGUGUGCCCCUGUAUAGGGUAAUGAUGAUCUACAAAUCUGCAGUGUAGAAAAUGCAUGCAAGGACUCUAAUCCUGCUAGUUGUACAGCUACUGUGACUUUCUGUGAUAUAUGAACAUGCAGAAUACCAGGAUUCUUUCACAGAAGGUAAUAUACAGAUGUCACAGAAGAUAAGAGAUACUGAACAGCUCUGCAACCUAUUUUAUGAUCAAACAGAAAUCUGAGGCCUCUGAGCCUCAAUUUUUCUUAACCAAUAGCUUUUAAAUUGUCCAUAACAUUUUACACAUUUUCAAGGUUACUUAGUUUGGCAGUUGAUUUAAGCCACAAAUCCUGCCAUUAUAUACCCUGAUGCUAGCAAUGCAGUGCACCAAAAAUUAUUAUUCUUUCCUUGCUCUUGCUCUGAUUUUCUCUUAGAUGUUAAUGAGCGAAAACCCAAGAAAUAUAACUAGCGAUCAGGUUGUGGCUAAGUGAAUUGAAGUAGGACCCUGUGCAGGCUAUAUAGAGGGCAGAAAGAAAAAGUUGUAAGAACACUACAUAACAUUUAUGAAGUGAGGAUGAUAUCUCAGCUUGUCAUACAGUUAUCCUAACCCUGUCACCAGGUUGUAAUUUGCCUGUAAGGAAUUAGGUCAAAUACACAAGCAUUGUAAAAUAAUUGCAUUAGUACAUCCAUUUGUACAUUGAACUAUACUGGCCAUAUAAGAUUUUCACCAUAUUGUUCUGUUUUUU